UCGUAGAAUCGAAGAGACGCAACGAGCGCGAAGAGGGAGGGACACGGGAUUCAACAAACGAUGUCGGACUUCGGAGUAGUUGUUAAUGUAGUAUGUGUGUGACAACGGGAUUGACAACAUGGAUACGUUUGACCUAGGAGGAGGUAUCAAUUGCACACUACCCGCGAUCGAAGACUUUCCACAUGACUUAUUCGACGAGAAGCAGCGACAAGACGGGGCUGUCGUCGUACACGUCAUCGUAUCCCUUUACCUCUUUAUCGCGUUAGCAGUAGUCUGCGAUAAGUUCUUCGUACCUGCCGUAGAAAAAAUAUGUCACGCAUUGUCAAUGUCGAAAGACGUGGCUGGUGCCACAUUUAUGGCAGCGGCGACUUCGGCUCCGGAAUUAUUCGUAAAUGCAAUUGGAACCUUCAUCACCGAAGGGGACAUUGGCGUUGGAACUAUUGUUGGCUCGGCCGUGUUCAAUAUACUCGCAGUACCAGCUUGCUGUGGAAUUGGUGCUGGAAUGGUCGUUCCAUUGGAUUGGUGGCCUGUCAGCAGAGAUUGCCUUGCUUAUGGAGUAACAGUAGCCAUCUUAAUCUGCAUAAUCCACGACGAACGUGUUGAGUGGUACGAGGCAUUAACAUUGGUACUACUAUACAUCGUUUACAUAGCUGUUAUGUACUGGGACAAAUCCUUUCAACGAUGUACCAGGUUUCGCACGAAAAACAGUCAGCUGUCAUCGGAUGACUGCCAUAUCGGUACAGGAGAUGCCGGAGAAGUUCAUCUAUCCAGACCAGAUAAAUUACAAUCGAGUGGCGACCGUGUGGAACAAGUGGCGACUAUUGACGUCCCAUUGCAGAAUGGUGGUACGAAAACUCAAGAAGAAAAUCAUGACCCUGUUAUUUUAGAUUAUGAGUACGAGCUUCUAGUAUGGCCAGCACGUGGUGGAUGGAUACGCAAGACUGCUUGGGUGAUAACGUGGCCGAUACACUUGGUUUUCAUGUGCACGAUACCGGAUUGCAAUAAACCGCGUUUCAAAAAUUGGUUCCCCAUAACGUUUCUUAUGUGCAUCAUUUGGAUCGGAUCUCUGAGUUACGUCGUCGCAUGGAUGAUAACGAUAAUCGGUGACACAUUAAAAAUACCGGACUCUGUAAUGGGUAUCACAUUCCUCGCAGCUGGAACCAGCGUCCCGGAAGCGGUGUCCAGCGUGAUUGUAGCGAAGCAAGGUCAUGGCUCCAUGGGCAUAAGCAAUUCGAUUGGUUCAAACACGUUCGAUAUUCUACUCUGCCUGGGUCUACCUUGGCUGAUCAAAUCCUCCUUCUCACCUACGCAACCAGGAAAGCACUAUAUCAGCAUAAACUCGGGUGGCCUCGAGUACAGCGCAAUUUCUCUACUAUCGACGCUAAUGAUGUUAUACAUUGCGUUCGCGUCAAAUAAAUUUCAGCUAGAUAGAAAAGUAGGCCGGGCCUGUCUCUGUAUGUACGCAGUAUUUCUCAUUCUGGCCUCCCUGAUCGAGCUCAAUGUAUUCUUCAGGGUGAAUCUGCCCACUUGUCAGAGGACGGUCAAAUGAUCGUGCAUCGGACGCGCACACCGAAUAUAUCUGUUCCGACGAUUCUAACUGUCGUAGGCUCUCUCUGUGCGAACCUGCGAAACACGAUAAACUGAGGAAGGGUGCUUAUAUAUUGACUACAUGAGAAUUUUUUUGUGUGUACAGUUUUAAUAUUACAUUUAUUACGAUAAAGAGUUGAGGAACAACACAUUUUAUACGUCUGUCAUUUAGCGUAAUAUCAACUAGGUAUUGCAUUAUUAUUAAAUUAUAACACCCCUACAUUUAAGGAGUUGUCUACCUUACGGAUUAGAUCAGUAAUAGAAUACGUUCUAGACGGUUGCUCACGCCUAUACGGAGAGAUGAUGCACGUCUGCGCUCCGAAGUAGUUACAUACCUUAAACGGUCAGACGCCAAGUUUCACUAGACGUAUGAGAAGUAAGGCAGUGGACACGCGAUCAUAAAGUCGAAGGCGAUCGAUAGAUCGAUCAUCGAGAGAGAUAUUACAAUUAAUGGCUGCUUCAAAGGAAGCUUUGACCGUAUAUGUAUAAGCACAGAAAUACGAUAGGCCAAUUAAAGCCUUGGAUUAAAAAUGCAAAACUUUUGUUUUCUUUGGGUAUGGUCUAUUUUCUCAUUUUUCUUUUUUUUUUUUCAAUACUCAUGCGAUUCCACUAACUCUGCGAUUACGCGUGCGAGUAUCUUGUCACGUAUCUUUUAGGAUUACUGUUCAAUUUUUACAGCAGGAUAUAUUGCAAGAUCACGAAUUAUAUAAGAUUCUUUUUUAAACGUUAUAUCACGUUUACCUCGUUUCCCUUUUUUUUUCUCUGGUAAUCACUAUUUUUAUCGAGGGUACAAUUUUAUCGGGACGAAUGAUUCUUCAAUUGAUAAUUUCUCCGGUAUGAAAAUUUGAUCCAUCACAGGCAGCGAUAUAGGUUUCGUUAACCAUAUGUUAAAAUUGAAAAAACACCGUUAAUAUUGACCUUCGAUGUAUUUAAUAUCACGCACUGACAUUAGACCACAUACGCAACCAUGUAGCUAGUUAAUUAACAAAUUAAGAUUAAUAUAUCUGUAAUAAAUUAUUAUAAAUGGCCAGUCGGAAGAUCUUCCUGCUCGAUGUGUUUAACAACGGAGGUAGGCACUAAAUCUCUAUCGCCUUAUUCAAAAAUGAUCCGAACGAUUUAUGAGCAUUUCUUUUUGGUAUAAUUCUGACGAGUAAAUCUGUCGUGCAUAUAUAUACACACAUAUAUAAAAUGCGACGAAGCUAAUGCAAGAUUAAAUGAUUUCUCCAAAUGACUGUUUAUCUUUCGUCAUUAAAAUAUAUAUUAAAUAUUAAUAAAAGAUUUUCGCACAGAAUUUUAACUAGCUAUAUGAUUUCUAUUAUAGUGCCGUGUAUUAAAAUAUCUUUAUUAUAGUUCAAUAUUGAAAUCGACAGGUUGAUGUGCCCAUUUUUAAUGCGAUCCGUCUAUUUUCUUUCGAGUAUGAUCGAUGAUAUAGAUUAGUAUUCACACUUGUAUCCUACAUUGAUUUAGCCUUAUAAAACAACUUGAUCCACCCACGCUCCAAGUAACUGUAACACGCAGCGUACAGAAUUCUAACUUACGUUAAAUCAAUAAUCCAUUAGUAAAACAGUAGCCGAAGUAACUAUUUUGUUUGAGGAUUUAAUCCAUUUAUCAGCAUCACUGUUAGGUAAAUGCACGCAGAAACAUCUUAUGUCCCAUUGAGAGUAUAAUUGUUUACGCAAUAAAUAACUUUAAAAAAA